AGUGAAUCGUGAUGACGCAGAACACAACACGAGGAGAAACCGGCUGAACUCGCGAACGAAUAAAAAAGAAAUCCUAGACAUGCAAACAAUUAUACAAUGCAAGUUUUACUUCCGAACUGGCUAUUUGUUUCAGUUACAUUGCUUGUGAAGAUUAUUGAAUUGUUAGAACCCGUGCUAGCAGACGCAUAAUCUUGAUAGUGGCAUUUCGGUAUCGGCUCUGUGCACUCAUCUGUUCUCGGUUUUGGAAUGGGAUUGCAGACUGACGUUUUGAACAGCACAGUGACUCAAACGAACAAAUCCAGAUUCUCCCUCUCUGAAUGACUCAGGCAGCUAUGUAUGUGUUUGGGCCCCAUGGUUGACUGCCAGGUUUGGGCCCCAUGGUUGGCUGCUAGAUCCCUCUCCUUUCUUUCCUAAAACCAGCCAUCUCCAGACCCAGUACCAGCCCCAAGCCCCUCUCCCAACCCUGUUCUUCCAGUCCCACCCUCUAUCCCCCAGACCCCUACCCCUCUCCCCUGGCCCAGCCCCACAUCCAGCCCCAGUACCAUGCUGGGGAGGAACAUGUCCCAGAAGCUGAGCGUGCUGCUGAUCAUCAUGGGGCUGGUGUGGGGGUUCAUGUUUCUGCUCUACACCGGGCAGCAGCCACACCACCAGAGCAGUGGCGAGCUGCAUCAACAGAUCCUGGAGCUGAGCCGGCGCUAUGUCAAGGUGCUCACCGAGGAGAACCAGAACGCACCGGGAGGACCGCAGGGCACCUCCAUGGCUGGUUACGCUGAUCUGAAGAGGACCAUAGCGGUGUUGUUGGACGACAUCCUGACGCGCCUGGUCAAGCUGGAGGGGAAGAUUGAGCUGGUGGCCAACACUUCAGUGACUAACUCCUCCCAUCUUGCAGUGGGUGCCCUGGCCUCAGCUCCAGUUGCCUUACACAAAGCCACCAAGCAGGACACGCCAGGCAACCACCGCCUGGAAACCGCUCGCAUCCCUCCUCACACACCCAACAGACCUCGGCCAGGGGUAUAGUAGGUUGGGUAGCGAUUGAGGCCCUGUUCAAGUACUUUACAAGUGCAUCCUUUCUUCCUAAGAUGGUCACUGAUCUAAUAAGGUUGGUAGGGUGGUAACUCUCAUUUCACUUGUCUAUUCAUUUACAGAUCAGUGAUUAUCUCAAGGGAGCAAGGAAAGAUAUAGAUAUAUAUAUUCCAAAUCAUUUAAACCUAACCCUGAGAGAGGACUGACUGCCUGUUCAUUUCCAAUAACUAUAUGGCUGAUUUCAAUUUUUUUGCGAAGACAUUUUAGCACCUUUUUUAAUACUUUUAGUCAUGGACUCUCUUAGGCUUGAAUUUUAGCUUCCCUUUUUUAAUGGUUUCAUCAUGGAUGGGUCUACAAGCUGCGGAUGUCUUUGACGAUGUCUGUGGGCAACAACAUAGCCUCAACAAUAGUAGAGGAAAUAGACAAACGUAUAUACUCUGUAGUGUCUUCAAGGAAGCUUGAUGAUGCUGAAUGUGAAUGACACUCCCACCCGGAUAUGACUUAACUCGGACAUACUGCCUGCGAAUUUGCAAUACUGCUUCUAAUCCCAUCCAUAUCAGAAUGCUGAACUAAAAAAUGUUCUCAUGGUAGUUUGGGAAAUAUUUUGCAGUUUGCAGCAGUUCCUGGUGUGUGUGGGAGAAAUCAAAUAAAACAGUUAAAUAAUAAUAAUUUAGCCGUUGUACCGUAGACUUUAAAAGGAUAAAGUGAUGAUCCAAAGAAUGUUAUUUGCACUCUCCUUGAAAGCUUGAUUUUAGAGUAUGUGUAUAACAUGUCGAAUGUAACUCAAUAAGCGGAUAAUGACCAAGUGAUUGCUAUUGCCCAAUUCCAACUCCAACUCCCCUCUUUGUCACUACCCAGACUGUUAAUCUUUGUCGAUUUCCCUUUGCAGAUCUGAAUGGUUAGGACCAGGUUUUUUUUUGACCUGACCAGUAAAAACUCCUAUCCCAAUCAAUGUACAACAUGCUUUUGUCUCAAUGUAGCCCUCUGGGGGAGUUGCUUGCCUAUUGCUUACACAUAUCAGUUCCUUUAGUCUGAGAUCACAUUACACAGUGACUGUUUGGGGAAGCCCUAAAAGAUAGUGGGCUAGCCCAAUCUUUGUGUUUUUUUACUUAUGGGAGUGCCUUUCUAUGGCACACGCUUACUUACCCCUUUAAUACAAGAACAUGGGCUGCAACUAGACUCUCCACUGUUUCAGAAGCGUGCACUUGAACACUCCCUGUCAUGGAUUUAAAAGCAUUGGAUUGGUUUAAGCAAAACCCAAGAUCAGCAUUCAGGAGCAACUUCACACAGCACCCUUGUUUGACAAGACAAUGGCAAGUUGGCCAAAGCAGAAACCGACUGGAACCCAGGAGGAUACAUGAGAUCUCAAAUUAUAUUUUUAAUAGAUGGUUUUGUAGUUUUAACAAAACUGCCAUGUGCACAAUAGUUUACAAUGUUUAUUAAAUGCAUAAAUAAAGUUGAACAAUGA